AUGGUAUCCAUAACGUCUUGCCAAGACUGGGACAUCACAACCGUUGAGAAGGUGGGCAACAAGUUGACGGGUUACAGCAUCAUACAGACCACACUUGCUGAGCACAAUGGUACACAAUGUGGUUAUUGCACGCCUGGGUGGAUCAUGGCUAUGUAUAGUCUUCUGCACACUAACGUACACCUUACAAAAUUGGAAAUCGAAAAAUCUUUUGGCAGCAACGUCUGCAGAUGUACUGGGUACAGACCUAUUCUGGAUGCUUUUAAGAAAUUUGCCAUAGACACACCAAACCCUACAAAGCUACCUGACAUAGAAGACUUACAUAUACAUCAAAAGUGUGCCAAGAACUGUGGUAAAAAAUGUUCUAAAGAAAAAUGCACAGAAGACGACUGGUGUUUUGAAGCUAAAGUUACUGAAAUCGAUCUAAAAGAUGGCAAGAAAUGGUUCAGGGUAUAUGAUGUUGAUGAUAUUUUUAAAGUACUGCAGAGGGAAGGAGAUGACUCCUAUAUGUUAGUAGCUGGGAACACUGCUAAAGGAGCGUAUCCAAUAGAAGAAUAUCCUCGCAUCCUGAUAGACAUCAGCAAAGUCUCUUCAAUAAAAGGCUUCAUAGUAGAUCAGAACCUCGUCAUAGGAGCUGGCACUACCCUCACUGACACCAUGGAGAUUUUCCAACAUGUGAGCAGCCAGGAAUACUUCAGAUAUCUGCAGAAGUUCCACGACCAUCUCAACUUGGUCGCCCAUAUUCCUGUACGGAAUAUCAUGCCUCGAGCACAGAAUGCUCAUGCGAUUGUCAACGCUGGUUUUCUUUAUAAACUAGACUCAAAUGGGAGAGUGUUAGAGUCAAGAAUAGCGUAUGGUGGGCUUUCACCAGUAGUCGUCAGAGCGGCAGCAACUGAGACCUACCUGAUCGGAAGGGAUCUGUUUACGAACGAAACGCUCCAAUUGGCUAUAGGAAUUUUAGAAAGUGAAUUGCAUGUUUUAGAAAACCCUCCAGAACCCUCUGCGCUUUAUAGAAGGAGAAUUGCUGUGAAUUUGUUUUAUAAGGGUCUACUAUAUUUAUAUCCAGAAUACAAAUUACCCCUAUGCUUCCGCUCUGGGGCGAUCAAGAUUCGAGAAACUCGACCCGUGUCGGAGGCUCGUCAGAUAUUCGACACUAAUCCAUCUCUGUGGCCUUUGAAUCAACCCAUUCCAAAAGUUGAAGCACUGAUCCAGUGUUCUGGGGAAGCGCCGUACACGGAAGAUCUACCCUCUAUUCCUCGUGAAGUAUUCGCUGCGUUUGUGUUGAGUACUAUACCUAAAGGUCACAUCGUUGCUAUAGACCCCAGACCAGCACUGCUGGAGCAUGGUGUAAUCGCAUUUUACUCAGCAGCUGAUAUACCAGGUCUUAAUUCAUUCACUCCGCCUGAAGAUCCCCAAUACUCCACAAACGAAGAAGUAUUAUGUAGUGGAGAAGUCAAAUACUAUAAUCAACCACUAGGUAUUAUUGUAGCCACAACAAGAAGCAUUGCUGAUAGAGCGGCUAAAAUGGUUAAUGUAAAAUAUAGCAAUGUUAAACCACCAGUAAUUGCUAUUAAAAAAGCUAAGAAAGACCCGAAAAGAAACACUCUGUAUUUUGCUGCCAACGCAAAAAAUAGAGGCAACGAUAUCAUUAAAGUUAUAAAAGGCCAGACAACAGUAUAUGGACAGUAUCAUUUUUCUAUGGAAACAUUAGUUUGUGUCACGAAGCCCAUGGAACAGGGGAUAGAAAUACACCCUGCGUCACAAUGGAUGGACGGAGUUCAUUUAAUGGUGUCUCGUGCAUUGAAAAUGGAUCAAAACAGGAUUGACAUCAAGAUACGGCGUCUUGGCGGAGCCUACGGUAUCAAAGUGUCCCGUUCGACUCAGGUUGCAGUUGCCUGCAGUUUGGUCACACAAAAGUUGAAUCUGCCGUGCCGGUUCAUACAAUCGCUGACUACCAACAUGAGAGCCGUUGGGAAAAGAUUUCCCUGUUCGACUGACUAUGAGGUAGGAGUAAACAUAGCUGGUGCUGUACAGUACUUGAAUAUGAAUUUGUAUGAAGACAACGGGUUUGAUAUCGACGAAUUAUUAUCAAUGUUGGGUAUCGAUGCUUAUUACAAUUGCUAUGACAAUUCGAGAUGGAACUACAAGUGUUUUAAUAGUACAACUGAUACUGCUAAAAAUACGUGGUGCAGAUCUCCCGCAACAUUAGAAAAUAUUGCUGCAGCAGAGACGAUGAUGGAACGUAUAUCUUAUGAAUUAUCUUUAGAUCCAAUUGAGGUACGAUUAGCAAACGUAGAUGACACUAGGUAUAUAGACAUCCGAGAAAUUGUAGCCAAUUUAAAGGUCAAAGCCGACUACAAUAAUCGAAGAAGUUAUGUUGAAAAGUUUAACAGUGAGAAUAAAUGGAAGAAGCGUGGCUUGAGAACUGCAUUUUUAAGGUGGACUCCAUUAGGAACUACUCAUUAUGACGUAACUCUAUCUGUCUAUCACGGUGAUGGGACUGUAGCUAUAACACAUGGUGGAGUGGAAAUGGGACAAGGUGUGAAUACCAAAGCAGUACAAAUUGCUGCUUAUUUUCUAAAAAUCCCAAUAGAUAAAAUCCAAAUAAAGGCUAACGAUACUAUGGUAACUCCGAACUCUCAUAUAUCAGCUGGAAGCUUUACAUCGCAGUAUGUUGGUAUCGGUGUACAAAGAGCUUGUGAGCAGAUGAAUAAAAAACUGGCCCCAAUUAGAGCUCAGAUGAAAAAUCCGACGUGGGAAGAAUUGGUAGAAAGAGCGUAUCGACUUGGAGUAGAUCUACAGAGUCAUGGAUUUGUUGGAGCAAACGAUUUCCAGAAUUACAAUAUCUACGGCGUAACAUUUGCAGAAGUUGAGGUGGAUGUUUUGACUGGAGAAUACGAAAUACUGCGCGUGGAUUUAUUAGAAGACGUCGGUUUGAGUGUUAGUCCUGAAAUCGACAUUGGUCAAGUUGAAGGCGCUUUCAUUAUGGGAGUGGGUUAUUGGACAUCUGAAGAAUUAGUAUACAACGAAAGAACUGGGGAGAUACUCACGGAUAGAACUUGGAAUUAUUACAUUCCGCAAGCAAGAGAUAUACCGCAAGAUUUCAGAGUAUAUUUCAGAAGGAAAUCGUAUAGUACUCCCGCUGCUUUGGGCUCUAAAAUGACUGGAGAACCACCGCUGUGCAUGGCAGUAGCAAUCCCUUUCGCCAUUAGGGAAGCAAUCGCUGCAGCUAGAAAGGAUUCUGGUAUUCCAACAACACUGUGGUUUGAUAUCGAUGGCCCUUACACUGUAGAGAGUGUAUGUUUAGCUGCAGAUACUAAGACCAUAGACUACAGAUUUUAUUAA